AUGGGUCAGAAGUCGAAAGACACUCUGGCCGUGCGGCCGCAGAGCCGCUCUGGUCGCUCGCGCAGUCGCUCUCCUAAGCCCAAGAGUAAGCCCUCGGCGGCCCCCCAGAGCUAUGCCUCGGAGGGAGUGAAGAACAAUGAUAUCUUCCAGCUCCCUGGGUCGGACUACAAGCUCAUUGUCCUGGUGACUCUGAUUGCUGCGGCGGUCCGUUUGUUCAGAAUCUAUCAACCCACAAGCGUGGUAUUUGAUGAAGUCCACUUUGGUGGAUUCGCAUCCAAGUAUAUCAAGGGCAAGUUCUUUAUGGACGUCCAUCCUCCGCUGGCUAAAUUGUUGCUCACACUGGCUGGCUGGCUGGCCGGUUUCGACGGCAACUUCGACUUCAAGGAUAUUGGCAAAGACUACCUGGAGCCCGGCGUGCCUUACGUGGCAAUGCGCAUGCUCCCAGCUAUCUUGGGUGUCUUGACUGUCCCCCUGAUGUUCCUAACCCUGAGAGUUACCGGAUGCCGGAGCUCGACUGCCGCCCUUGGUGCUGGCCUUGUUAUCUUUGACAACGCUUUGGUCACUCAAUCCCGUCUGAUUCUUCUUGACUCCCCAUUGAUCUUCUUUACUGCCCUCACAGCGCUGGCCUUCAACUGCUUCACGAACCAGCAGGAACUGGGUCCCGCCCAUGCCUUCCGCGGACCGUGGUGGUUCUGGCUGGUCUUCACCGGUCUGUCUCUUGGCGCAACCUUGAGUGUCAAGUGGGUUGGUCUCUUCACCAUGGCGUGGGUUGGCUCUCUCACAGUUCUUCAAUUGUGGGUGUUGCUAGGUGACAGCAAGAGUGUCACUCCUCGCCUGUGGCUGAAGCAUUUCUUCGCUCGGGUAUUCUGCCUCAUUGUCAUUCCCGUGAGUUUCUACAUUGCUAUGUUUGGUAUUCACUUCAUGUGUCUGGUAAACCCCGGAGAGGGCGAUGGGUUCAUGUCCUCCGAGUUCCAGGCGACCUUGAACUCCAAGUCUAUGAAAGACGUCCCCGCGGAUGUCUCUUUCGGAUCCCGAGUCAGCCUGCGUCACCUGAACACCCAGGGCGGAUACUUGCACUCCCACCCUCACAUGUACCCAACCGGCAGCAAGCAGCAGCAAAUCACACUCUACCCCCACAAGGACGAGAACAACCUGUUCAUUUUGGAGAACACCACUCAGCCCCUUGGCCCCUACGGAGAGGUUGAGGGUCCCUUUGCAUGGGAUAAUCUGACCACCCCCGGUUUCGUCGAAGACGGAUCUAUCAUCAAACUUUACCACUCGAUCACUCACCGGAGAAUUCACUCCCACGACGAGCGCCCACCAGUGACUGAGGCCGACUGGCAAUUCGAGGUUUCCGCUUACGGAUACGAAGGCUUCCCUGGUGAUGCCAAUGAUCUAUUCAAGGUUGAGAUUGUCCCAUCCAUGUCUGAGACACCGGAGUCUAGGAAGAGACUGCGAACCAUCCAGUCCAAGUUCCGCUUGGUGCAUGUGAUGACGGGCUGUGUUCUGUUUUCACACAAGGUCAAGCUUCCUGAUUGGGGUUGGGAGCAGCAGGAAGUGACUUGCGCUAAGGGUGGUACUCUUCCUAACAGUGUAUGGUACAUCGAGCAAAACCAACACCCAGCAAUGCCCGCGGAUGCUGAGAAGGUCAACUACCGUAACCCUGGAUUCCUAGGCAAAUUCUGGGAACUGCAGAAGGUUAUGUGGACUACCAACGCCGGCCUGGUUGAAUCGCACGCUUGGGACUCACGCCCGCCCUCCUGGCCCACUCUUCUCCGUGGUAUCAACUUCUGGGGCAAGGACCACCGUCAGAUCUACCUCCUUGGUAACCCACUCAUCUGGUGGUCGACUACUCUGGCCAUUGGUAUCUACUUCGUUUUCAAGGCGCUUUCAGUCAUCCGCUGGCAGCGAAGCUGUGGUGACUACAAGCAUGUUUCUUUCAAGCGCUUCGACUACGAAGUCGGCACCAGUGUUCUGGGUUGGUUCUUCCACUACUUCCCAUUCUAUCUCAUGGCCCGUCAGCUUUUCCUGCACCACUAUCUUCCCGCACUAUACUUUGCCAUCAUGGUUCUCUGUCAAGAGUUCGAUUUCUUGACCAACCGCAUCAAGAGCCUCGGACUGGCGUCCAAGCCCGCGAUUGGCAAGAUCCUGAUGGCAGCCUUCUUGGGCCUUAGCAUUGUUGUGUUCACCCUGUAUGCUCCUCUUGUAUACGGCAACCCUUGGACCAAGGAUGCUUGCAAUAAGGUGAAGAUUAUGGGAUCAUGGGAUUUCGACUGCAACACCUUCCACAACGACUUGAGCGAUUACGUUGUUCAAUUUGUGCCGAACGCGUCCCCAGUGGCUGCGCCCACCACGACAGCCCAAGCGCCUCCCCCGCCACCACCUGUCCAAGCCCAGGAGCAAGUCCAAGCUCAGGAGCCAGCCCCAGCCAACGAAGCUGUCGAUGCUGCCGAGCCAUCUGACCCUGCUGCUGUGACCUCGCCUAAGAUUCAAGGAUCCAUGGCCCGCGUUGAGUACCGUGAUCAGAACGGAAAAGUUCUUGACCAAGAACUCGUCGCUUCGCUUCGAGCAGAGGGUAAAGUGAAGUUUGAGACUCGCUACGAGCCUGGCCACAAGAUGGAGAAUGCACACGAGGUUCCUAUCGUUGACGGCCAGCUCGCACCACCACACCCCGAUGUGCAGGGCCAAAACCCUGAGACUGGCGGUGCUCCUGAGGACUCUGUGCCUCCAGAGAGCCCUGCCUCCGUGGCUGACGGCAACGAGCGUUCCGCCGAGAAGCCGGUCUCCAUGGAAGCCAAGCCUGCCAGCGAGGGAAAUGAGGCUACUCAAUAG